UGCUCAGCUGGGCCUUGAGAUUGCCCUGCAGACACAACAAGGGGUGGGGUACCCACAGGCAGGGGGCGGGGCAAAGUCCUUGAAAAGCUGCCCUCCUCCCCCGGCUCUGUGCUCCCCCAGUGCUCCUGAGCCGCUGCACCAUGGACCACACAGUGGUGCUCAUUACCGGCUGCUCCUCUGGCAUCGGCCUGCACCUGGCGGUGCGCCUGGCCGCCGACCCAUCCCAGAGAUUCAAAGUGUACGCCACGCUGAGAGAUCUGGCAGCGCAGGGCCCGCUACUGGAGGCAGCCCGGGCCCGCGGAUGUCCGCCAGGCUCCCUGGAGACUUUGCAACUGGAUGUAAGGGAUUCAGACUCUGUAGCUGCAGCCCGGGCACACGUGACCGAAGGCCGCGUGGAUGUGUUGGUGUGUAACGCCGGCCGGGGAGUGCUCGGGCCGCUGGAGGCGCACUCGGUGGACACAGUGGCCUCCGUACUGGACGUGAACGUGGUGGGGAUGGUGCGGACACUGCAGGCCUUCCUGCCAGACAUGAAGCGGCGCGGCUCGGGUCGCGUGUUGGUGACCGGCAGCAUGGGGGGCUUGAUGGGGCUGCCCUUCAAUGACGUCUACUGCGCCAGCAAGUUCGCGAUCGAAGGUUUAUGCGAGAGUCUGGCGGUUCUGCUGCCACACUUUGGGGUCCACUUGAGCCUCGUCGAGUGCGGCCCUGUGCACACCGCUUUCCUGGAGAAGCUGGAAGGCGGCCCCGGCGGCUCCCUGGAACGUGCGGACGCCCAGACUCGCCAGCUCUACUCUCUUUAUGAGCGCCACAGCCAGGAGGUCUUCCGCGAGAUGGGGCAGGACCCCGAGGAGGUGACGGAGGUCUUCCUCACCGCGCUGAGCGCCCCGAAGCCUGCCCUGCGCUACUUCAGCACCAACCGCUUCCUGCCCUUAACACGGCUGCGUCUGGACGAUCCCAGCGGCGACAACUACAUCGCCGCGAUGCACCGUGUGGUGUUCGCGGAUCAGUGCGCCUGGCCUAUGGCCCAAGGACCCGGGGGACCUGAGCCCGGCGCCGCUGCUGCCAUCCCACAAUAA